GAGAUUAACGCCUAUCCUUCUGAUCUUCUCACCGCACACCGUCCCGACCAAGCACCAACUGCUCGACAGCGAACAAGGUCGACAGCCAAGAUUCGCCGACAAUGAAGACUUUUGCCUACGUCGCGGUCCUUGCGGCCCUGAUCGCAGCAGCAGGCGCUCUCGACUUGCCACCAACUUCCGCUCCUGCUCUCUCUCCUGCGAUGCCCAGGCCCAUCGCCGACCUUGUCUUCACGAUAUCCGCCGAGAAGGCCAGCUUCCCCACCUCGACCACCCUGCAGCUGCAGGGCGUCAGCUCCACCGCCCAGUACUACGGAGCAGGUGCCAAGGCCGGACUGAUCUCCACCCCAGUAUUCACCAACGGCUCGGCAGGGGCUGAGUACGUGGCCAGCAAUGGCAAGUGGCUGAACGUGCCUGACGCUGUGCUCUUUGCCAACAGCGGCAGCAGCAACAAGGCCAUCCUGAUCUCCCUGCAGGAGCCCAUCUACAAUGAAGAUGACGAUACCGUGACCUUCAACAUUGCCGUGCUGCCUGCCGACGAGGCUGCACUUAAGACGGCGCGCGGCGUGGCCAACGAGCUUGUGAUGGAGCACGCAAACAACGUGGGCACACCCCUGACCGAGGCGGUGCAGCCGAGCGCGGUGUGGAAGGACGUGGCUCUCUUCAUCGACCAGAACCGCGACUCUCUCAAGCCCAUCGCCGAGACCAAGUACCAGAGGUGGGGCAGUGGGUCUGACUGGGGUGGAUCCGGCUGGGGCUCUGGCAGCCGCGGUUGGAACAGCGGCUUGGGCAGCAGCUAUGGCUGGGGCAAGUAGGAUGGCACAUCGGGUGCCUCCCAUGCAACCGGCACUGCUUUGAAGCCCAUGAUGCAGCCUUGUACAAACAGCCAGGCAGGGGAACAAGUGAAGCUCAGGAAGCUGCCUGGCUCUGGCAGAGCAGGCCAGCGCGGCCCAAGCAAAGAAGUUCUUUGAACGAACGCAGCAGGAAAUUGUUGAUUAUAAUUCGUUUGAGAUAGAAAAAUUUGCCCAAGUAUUCAUUUGUUUCAUCGGUAGGAUCAAAGAAAAAAAAAUGAGUCAGGUCGGGCUUCAGUUUGGAACUUCCAAGGUACUGUUGACAAUAUGGCAGCGCAGCAAAUUUGCGGAGCACAAGCAAGGAAUGUACAGUAUUCUACGAAGCGUGCACUUAGUAGCACUGGAAAGUACAUGGCAUUCUCUGUUUUGCUGUCUUGGUGGGAUCAAGAGUGGACUCAAGAAUUUAGUCAAGGCUCAAUGAACAUGGCAUGGAGGUUUCUCCUUGGCAGAGAAUUGUACUACAGCUGAGGGUGGACGAUUAUGAUCUUGUUUUUCAUGAUGUCUGAACAUGCAACUUUACAAUAAUAAGUGACCGCAAGGAUGCUCUUGCAGCUCAAGUCUGGGUGUAUAGCCUGUAAGGAAUAAAGCUGUUCUAAGAUGUGUCAUUGAUGAUC